UCUCUCUCUCUCUCUCUCUCUCUCUCUCUCUCUCUCUCUCUCUCUGACAGAGAGCCACUUCGAAUAAUUAUUGUUAAACUUGUUGUGUGUUUCUUCCUAAAAACAACAGGUUCACAAUUAAUUACACUUACAGGAAGAGUGAAGUUAAAUCAAAGUUCCAAGACAUUAUUUCUUUGGAGUGAGAGAUCCCCAGAAGGCGAAUAGAACCAUCCUGCUGAUAGAACAGACCGGAACACGGAAGUCAGAAGAAAAAACAAGAGAAACCAAUUUGUUUAUUUCCUGAUAAACAACUUUCAGAAUAACCGUCACAGCAGACAAAUAGUCGGCCUACGAGAUCUCGUGGAACAUUAAAAACAGAGAAAUGGUGCGAUUCUUCAAUUUGUUUAGACAUAUCAACUUUACGGAUGUUAUUCGUACAAGCUUCCAGAUCCACCCAGGACCUCCUGCUCGGUAUCAACUGAAGCCAGAGAAAGAGAGUCUGGAUGGAAUGAGCGAGGAAGAGUCUAGACUCAGAAGAUGGACCUUUGGAGAGAGAGAUCACAGUAAGGUUAAUAAAACCAUCCUGCUGGUGGGACAGACAGGAACAGGGAAGUCAACCAUGAUCAACAACAUGACCAACUAUGUCAUGGGAGUAGAGAUGGAGGACAAGGUCUGGUUUGAGAUGAUAGAGGAGAAAACAGGAAAAAGCCAAUCUAAGAGUCAAACAUCAACGGUCACCAUGUACCAGAUCUUUGGGUUUGAAGGACGUAGAGUUCCUUAUUCCCUCACCAUCAUCGACACCCCGGGGUUUGCAGACACAGAAGGAGUCCAAGAAGAUGAAAUCAUAGUUGACAAACUGCAUGAUUUGUUCAGAUGUGAAAACAGAAUUCAUGAAAUUGAUGCCGUGGGUUUCUUGUUGAAGUCAAGUACAAACCGUCUUGAUGACCAACAGAAAUACGUGUUUAAUGAAGUUGCGUCUCUGUUUGGUAAAGACAUGGAGAACAACAUAGUGUUCCUCAUGACUCACUCUGAUGGAAUGCCACCUACCGAUGCCCUGCAGGCUAUUGAAGAUGCUGACAUCAAAUGUGCCAAAGAUAAGAAUGGAAAACCAGUUCACUUCCUGUUCAACAACCACCAGAAUAAGUUCAUCGAGUGUGCAACUAAGAAGAAAUAUGAGGAGGCAUGGGAAGUUUCGGCGGAUGGAAAUGAACAAUUCUUCAACUUCCUGAAUAAAACAGAACCUCAGAAGUUGAGGAUGACCAUUGAGGUUAUGACAGAGCACAUCAGGCUGAGGGCUUGCAUUCAGAACAUGAAGGAACGUAUCGAGCUUUCAGAAAAAAAGCAAAAGAGCAUUGAGAAGAUAAAAAUUGAUUUAGAACUCCACAAAAAAGAUAUUGAGACAAAUAAAAACUUCACUAUCCCGGUUGAAGAGGUCUACAAGGUGAGAGAAACAAUAAACGCCUGGUGGGACAACAAGGCUGUCACCUGCUCUAGGUGUGAGGAGAACUGCCACCAUCCAGGCUGCACCCUGGCAGUAUCUCCCUGGUGGUGUGAAGUCAUGAGGGGGUCAUCGUGUACUUCCUGUACGGGCAGGUGUUCCUACACUCAUCAUGUUAAGCAGAAUUUCAAGUACGUGACCAAAACCAGGGUGGUUUGGAAGACAGUGGAAGAAAUGAAGAAGAAAUAUGAAACCAAGACAAAGUUAGCCGGCCAGGAGCAGAGUUUGUUGUCAGGACUUGAGGCAGAGAUGAAAGAGCUUCAGGAUGAGCAAAACAGACUAGUGAUGGAGGCCUUCGAGUGUGUGGUCAGUCUAGAAGCCAUAGCUCUGAAUGUUCAUUCAUCGACCAUCCAUGAUCACCUGGACUUCAUCAUAAAGAAACUGAAGGCAAACAAGCAGCAGCAGAAAGCUCAGAAGCUGGAGGAGAUCAAGAACCGCAGACAGGGAAUAUAAAAUAAGACGUUUCUUGGUGAACAAUAAUGAAUAAAUACACUCUGAGGAGUUUCUGUAGGCUGUUGAACUCCUCCUCAGCUCUCGAGUCACCUGAGAGAGGAGUUUAACAUCUUUAAAUAUUGCUGUGAGAUGCUUUGGAAUUUAACCUUUUAUAAUCUGCUUUUGUAAACUGUGUGGAUCAGUGAUAUCAUAGUGAUUUGUGGAGUGACUUGCAUAACAAAGUGCAUUUAAUAACAAAAUAACUGAACCUCUAAUUGUUUGACUGUUUGAAUGUUAAGACAUUUGCAUUUGAAAUGUUAUAUUCCUUCUCAAUACGCUUGUCUUGUCUCUUGUGUCAUACAGUAAUAUCUGAUUGUAGCCUCAACAGUGUAUGAUUGAAAAGAAUAAACAGAGUAAAUUCUGUAUCUGUAUGUACGUGUAUCUUUGUGUUAACUGGCUGUGUUAAUCUGUGGGAGAAUUAAAGUUCAGUUUUCACUAAUGCCUCUAUCGUUCAGUUUUUCUUCUCCCCAUCAGUGUUGAUGGUUGUAUGGUGUUAGUCCUAGACAUGCACUCUUACAAGUGUCAAAGCAAGUCUGCCUUUUACACAAUAAACAUAUCGUUGAGCACUAUUAAAAUAGACUUGCUGUGUUAAUAAGGAGGAACGAUGUGCUAUGG